CGCGACACCUUUAUUCUAUUUUCUAAACCCCCCUUUUAGAUUUUACCAGAGUGAAUUAAGCCAUCGACCAAGUAGAAAACGACGUCGUGGUUUGGAAGAGCUCUGCGGUAAAAAUUUGAGGGACGCCCAAAAACGUCGCAUAAUUCUCCCGGCGAUCGAUCCAUUCGACCGCGUCUGGGUUUCUGCUCUUACAUAUAUAUUAUCUGAAACCCUAGACUCAAGAGGAAAGCUGAAUUUUCAUUUUUGUGAUCAUGGUUUACAUUGAAUCUUGGGAUGAUUUCGUCGAGAAGUCCGUCCAAUUGUUUCGAUCUGAUCCCGAAAAGACUCGUUAUGCCAUGAAAUACAGGCACUGUGAUGGCAAAUUGGUUCUCAAAGUCACCGAUGAUAGAGAGUGUAUCAAAUUUAAGACAGACCAAGCACAGGAUGCAAAGAAGAUGGAGAAGUUCAAUAACAUCUUCUUUACUUUGAUGGCUCGGGGACCUGAUGCCGACAUAUCUGAAGGUGGUGGAAAAGAACAAGUUGAAGCACAGCCAGCUCGGAGAGGAAGGGGAAGGAAGCAAUAGUAUUAUAAUUCUGGCCAACAUAAGAACCAUUUUCUGAGACAUGGUUUAGUUUUGUUUUUCUUUUCUUUUUUUUUUGAGGAAGGUUUAGUUUUCUUUUUAAUUUCAUUUCAGAUGCAAAGAAUUUUGGUUUAUUCCUAGUAUUGAAGGUAACAGUGCGUGAAAUGUCUUUGCUAACUUCAUUUGACUAUAGUACUUUUGUUGUGGCAAACUCUACCCCAUGCUUCACUCAUCUUCUUAAAAAAUACUACUAAUUGAAAACCA